AUGUCUUCGACGACAACAACGACCAUCGCCCAGCGCGCCGACAGCCUCUUGGCUCCCCUCGCUCGCGCCGUCGUCCACCUCGCCGCGCGUGACAGCUGCGAGGAAGGCGACACCAGCAAUCGCUGCGAGAAGCCCUUCGCCUCGUCCAAGAUCAUUGGCAUCACCAUCGGUAUUACGGCCGCGGUACUCAUCCUCGGCACCGGCGGUCUCCUGACCUUCCUCCACAUGCGAAGACAGCGCAUCGAAAGAAAGGAGGACGCUGUCGACUUCGAACUCGACGGCGACGUCGACGACCACCCGACCAUGGGCAAGCCCCCUGCCUCGUGGCAGCGCAACGGUCAACGAGCACAAGAUAACCCGUUCGAGCCCCAACCACAAGAGAAUCCUUUCGAACCGGGCCGUCGAUAG